GGCAGGGACCCCCUGGAGCCCGUGUCGGGGGAGGCCGGGGAACGGUGGGUGCCGGGCAGGGCAGGCAGGAGGGCCGGGGGAGCCUCCUCGGUGCCACCGCUACCUGCCCGCUGAUGUGGCCCCGGCCGGGCCUCGGCCGGGCCUGGAAGCGGGACCUGCUGCCCUAGUCUGUCCCGACUCUCGCAGCCGGCGAGAGAGUUUUAGGAAACUCCAGGCUUUGAAAACAGCGGCUCUGGGAAGCGCUUGCCUCUUCCCAGCGGAGAGGGGGAGCGGGAGCCGGGCCCAGGGUGUCGCUGGCGGGAGAGCGCGGGCGCGAGUUAGAAGCAACUCUAAGAAAGCCGGAGCACGCCCGCAAGGCGACCUCUUCCUCCCGUCGUUUAAUUCAAAGACCUCUUCUAAUUAAAGCGCCCUGCAGCCAAGUUGAGUGUCUCAAUAAUGAAACGAUUUCUAAAUUUCGUAAAACUUGUUCUUCAAAAGCCCUGUUUGGGGAGUAGUGUGUUUCUUUUUCUCUAAAACCGCUGGGUGGCGCUAGUGCGACCAGCAUCUUCUUUAGAACUCCGGGCCCAGAACCUGUUUCUCUUCAUUGUUCCCUUAGUGGCACGUUCUUGGGGUUUAUUUUACAAUGUGCAUAAAAGGAUUACAGGGAAAACCAGGUACAGGCAGAACUGCCACCUAUUAAAAGUAUUUUUGUGGAAACAGCUGGCGAUUACCCCCCAAAAGUUUACCGUUAUUGAAAACCCGUAUUGGAACUGCCUGGGAUAAUUUUGGGAAGAGAGAAAGAAAAUAAAACCCCAAGGUAAAAAAUACUUCUAAGACGUGGACAGAAAAAUAUAGAAUCAGGCCUACUCCUCCGUCCCGGUCAGCAACAUGAACUCAGGCCUGGGCUCCAUGAACUCCAUGAACACCUACAUGACCAUGAACACCAUGACCACGAGCGGCAACAUGACCCCAGCGUCCUUUAACAUGUCCUAUGCGAACCCGGGCCUGGGGGCUGGCCUGAGUCCCGGCGCGGUGGCCGGCAUGGCGGGGGGCUCGGCGGGCGCCAUGAACACCAUGACGGCAGCCGGGGUGACGGCCAUGGGGACGGCGCUAAGCCCCGGCGGCAUGGGCGCCAUGGGCGCGCAGCCGGCAGCCUCCAUGAACGGCCUGGGCCCCUACGCGGCUGCCAUGAACCCGUGCAUGAGCCCCAUGGCGUACGCGCCGUCCAACCUGGGUCGCAGGAGCGCGGGCGGCGGCAGCGACGCCAAGACGUUCAAGCGCAGCUACCCGCACGCCAAGCCGCCCUAUUCGUACAUCUCGCUCAUCACCAUGGCCAUCCAGCAGGCGCCCAGCAAGAUGCUCACGCUGAGCGAGAUCUACCAGUGGAUCAUGGACCUCUUCCCCUAUUACCGGCAGAACCAGCAGCGCUGGCAGAACUCCAUUCGCCACUCGCUGUCCUUCAAUGACUGCUUCGUCAAGGUGGCGCGCUCCCCGGACAAGCCCGGCAAGGGCUCCUACUGGACGCUGCACCCGGACUCCGGCAACAUGUUUGAGAACGGCUGCUACUUGCGCCGCCAGAAGCGCUUUAAGUGCGAGAAGCAGCCGGGGGCCGGUGGGAGCGGGGGCGGAGGCACCAAGGGCGGCCCUGAGAGCCGUAAAGACCCCUCGGGCGCCGCUAACCCCAGCACCGACUCGCCUCUACACCGGGGGGUGCACGGAAAGGCUGGCCAGCUAGAGGGCGCGCCGGCCCCUGGGCCCGCCACCAGCCCCCAGACUCUGGACCAGAGUGGGGCGACUGCGACAGGGGGCGCCUCGGAGUUGAAGACUCCAGCCUCUUCAUCUGCACCCCCCAUAAGCUCCGGGCCCGGGGCGCUGGCCUCUGUGCCCCCCUCUCACCCAGCACACGGCCUGGCUCCCCACGAGUCCCAGCUGCACCUGAAAGGGGACCCCCACUACUCCUUUAACCACCCGUUCUCCAUCAACAACCUCAUGUCCUCCUCGGAGCAGCAGCACAAGCUGGACUUCAAGGCAUACGAGCAGGCACUGCAGUACUCGCCUUACGGCUCUACGUUGCCCGCCAGCCUGCCUCUUGGCAGCGCCUCAGUGACCACCAGGAGCCCCAUUGAGCCCUCAGCCCUGGAGCCGGCAUACUACCAAGGUGUGUAUUCCAGACCUGUCCUAAAUACUUCCUAACCCCCCGGGACUGGGGGGUUCGUCUGGCAUGGCCAUGCUGGUAGCAAGAAUGAAAAAAUUCAACAGCAAACAAAACACAAACCAAACCGACAACAGCAUAAUAAAAUCCCAACAACUAUUUUUAUUUCAUUUUUCAUGCACAACCCUUCCCCCAGUGCAAAAGACUGUUACUUUAUUAUUGUAUUGAAAACUCAUUGUGUAUAUUACUACAAAGACAACCCCAAACCAACCAUUCUUUUCCUGGGAAGUUUAAUGAUCCACACGUGUAUAUAUAAAAUUCGCCUCCUUCCUUGCCCCCCUCCCUUUCUUCCCUCUUUCCCCUCCAGACAACAUUCUAGUCUGUGCAGGGUUAUUUAAAACAAAACAAAACAAAAAAGGAAGAUGGUCAAGUUUGUAAAAUAUUUGUUUGUGCUUUUCCCCCCUCCUUACCUGACCCCCUACCAGUUUACAGGUCUGUGGCAAUACUCUUAACCAUAAGAAUUGAAAUGGUGAAGAAACAAGUAUACACUAGAGGCUCGUAAAAGUGUUGAAAGACAAUACUGCUAUGUAGCAAGACAUAAACAGAUUAUAAACAUCAGAGCCAUUUGCUUUUCAGUUUACAUUUCUGAUACAUGCAGAUAGCAAAUGUCUUUAAAUGAAAUACAUAUAUAUUGUGUAUGGACUUGAUUAUGCACAUGCUCAUAUGUGUAGACAUCCUUCGUAUAUUUACACAACAUAUAGAGGUAAUAGAUAGGUGAUAUCAUGAUGCAUUCUCAAGAGUUACUUGACUGAAAAGUUACAAGGACCCCAACCCCUUUGUCCUCUCUACCCACAGACUGCCCUGGGAAUCAAUUCCUCAGGAAUUGCCCUCCAGAACUCUGCUUCUUGAUUUGCAGAGUGCCAUCCAUGGUCAUGUCAUUCUGAGGUCACAUAAUGUGUAAAAUUAGCUUCUAUGGGUGUGUACCAUUUAAAGAAUAUUUUCUUCCAGAAAAAUGGAAUAUUAUGAUGUUGGAGGAGAGAUAAGUUAUAGGGAGCCGGAUUUCAAAACGUGGUCCAAGAUUCCAAAAUCCUAUUGAUUGUGGCCAUGUUAAUCAUUGCUAUCAUGUGCUUGUUUCAUCCAGUGUUAAUGCACUUUCCACAGUUGGACAUGGUGUUAGUAUAGCCAGACGGGUUUCAUUAUUAUUUCUUUUUGCUUUCUCAAUAUUAAUUUAUUGCAUGGUUUAUUCUUUUCCUUUACAGCUGAAAUUGCUUUAAAUGAUGGUUAAAAUUACAAAUUAAAAUGUUAAUUUUUUCAAUGUGAUUGUAAUUAAAAGUAUUUUGAUUUAAAUAACAAAAAUAAUACAAUAUUUUAAGCCGUGGAAAAUGUUCUUGAUCAUUUGCAGUUAAGGACUUUAAAUAAAUCAAAUGUUAACAAAAGAGGAUUUUUGUUAUUUUUCUUCACUUAACUAAAUCCGAAGUGGAUAUUUUAAAUACGAUAUUUUUCAAAUUCUAGAACUGAAUAUAAUGACAAAAACAAAAAUAAAAUUGUUUUGUUUUUGAUUUUAACGAAUGUCUAUCUAGUAAAAAGCAAUGAAAGAAAAUCAAGUAAAGUGCAUAAAUUGAAUUAAUACUCCAAGAAUUGAGAUUUUUAUGAUUCUUUGUUCCCAGUGAUGUUUACUUCAUUUUUUUCUCACACCGGCUUAAGCCUUCUGUGCUUCCUUUGAGCCUUUCCACUACAAAAUCAAAUAUUAAUUUAACUACCUUUCCUCCUCCCCCAAUGUAUCACUUUCCUUUAUCUGAGAAUUCUUCCAAUGAAAAUAAAAUAUCAGCUGUGGCUGAUAGAAUUAAGUUGUCUCCAA